UCCUUAUAAGAAUUGUGUUCAAGUUAGUUAGCAUACUGUGUAAAGAAAGAAAUGCUAGUUUUUAGUCAUUUUGAUAUUGACGUUCAAGCGUUUAAUUAGUUUGAGUUCAGUUAGAAGCUAGUUGUUCAUGAGUUAGUCAACAAAUGGCGCUGAAACAUUGUUGGACGCUGACGCCAAUGUUAAGGUCUACAUGUCACAGUAAUACAUUUAGACAGACGAUAACGACGAGUUUGUCGCCAAUAAAAUCCUACAGCACUGCAGCGGGAGGUGAAGACACAGGAACAGUUGCGGGACAGACCGUGGUCACAGAGCGCAGGGGGGCUGUGGUUUCCGUGGCAAUAAACCGGCCCGAGGUGCGUAAUGCGGUGAACCGGGAGACGGCGAGGCGUCUGCUUGAAGAGCUGGAGGCCUUCGACAGUGACCCAGACCUAAACGUGGCUGUGCUGCAUGGGAAAGGAGGGAAUUUCUGCGCUGGUUAUGAUCUGAAAGAGCUGGCCAAUCACAUAGACUCCCUCAAAUUGGAGCAAGAUGUCACCAAGGGUCCCGGUCCGAUGGGUCCGUCUCGUUUGGAACUGUCGAAGCCGCUGAUAGCAGCGGUCAGUGGCUUCGCUGUGGCUGGAGGGCUGGAGCUGGCUCUGCUGGCAGAUCUGAGAGUGGUGGAGGAGAGCGCCGUCAUGGGGGUGUUCUGUCGCAGGUUUGGAGUGCCCCUGAUUGAUGGAGGCACAGUGCGGCUCCCGCGUCUCAUUGGUCUGUCACGAGCUCUGGACUUGAUUCUGACUGGACGACCGAUUGGAGCACAGGAGGCUCUUGCCUACGGACUGGCCAACAGAGUCGUUCCUGAUGGCCAAGCUUUACAGGCAGCCCUGCAGUUAGCAGAGCAGAUCAGCGCCUUCCCUCAGCAGUGUCUGCGGGCCGACCGCUCCUCCGCCAUGUACAGCUGCUACGAUGCUGCAUCCUUCACACAGGCCAUGCAGUACGAGAUCAACCACGGACUUCCUGUCAUCCAAUCAGAAGCUGUCACCGGGGCAACCAGUUUCACAACUGGGGCAGGAAGAGGAGGGAACAUUCUCCUAGGAUUUAGUUUGCAGAGGCCUUGUGAAUCUCCAUGUUGCAGCUCCUCUGCUCUCUGACCACAUGUUUACCAAAUCUGGUUGAUUUUGUAUUCAGAUAAAACCAUCUUUACCAUAUUAGCUUGUGACCCAAACCUCCCGUCCUAAAUGUCUGAUAUAGUGACUUGAAGUUGUGUGAAAUACUAUAACUAAGUAAGAAUGUAUGUUUCAUUCACCCUGUUGUGUUCUUAGUUUAUUGUUUUAUUUAGGUUUUGUGUGUGUUAAAAUGACGAGCCGUACACAAACAUAGUUUUUGGAAGAAUGACUUCUAAAAUACCAGAAAGAUAAGAGAAAAUAAAGUUGGUAUAAUUUGGGAGGGAGUCGAGCUCCACAUCCAGCUCACACUGAGGCUUUAACUUCAUUUCCUUGAUGCAUCUCUGUCUUUACCAAAAGGUUUAACUCUUGCUGUCAUUUGAGUAUCGGCCUGUUCCUCUGAUUAUUUUGUUUUUGUGAACUAUAAAUAUACAUGUUGUUUAAAGAA